AUGUCUGAGAUGCCUAAAGUGAAUGGGGAAAUGCAGUCUCGACCACCGACAACAGUCAGCGUCGCUGAUACUCCUAAUCCGGACAGCACAUGGUCAUUAUCAAAUAUACAAAAAUUAAAUGUUCAAGAAUUGUAUGCAAAACAACGGCAAUCAAUGAAGCCAUGGCUUGAAUUUUUUAAUGCAAAUCAAUUUAAACCACCAUCGAAUGUUCGAGCUGGUGCUCGUCGUGUUCUAGCGAACAUUGAAUAUUUUCAAACGAAUUAUUUUGUUGUCUUUAUCAUAUUAUCAAUUUAUUGUGUAAUAACAACACCGACUCUCUUAUUUGUCUUAUUAGCAAUGGCCGCCGGUUUUUACCUUGUCGAUUUAAAAAAUCGAGAACGACAACUGUCUGUUCUUGGACGUCAAAUCCCUGUGGCACAGCAAUAUUUAGCUGUCGCCUGUUUAUGUAUUCCACUAUUGAUUAUGGUGGGUGCUGGUAGCGCGAUAUUCUGGAUUUUAGGUGCAUCGGUAUUUGUAAUCAUUCUCCACGCAUUAUUCCAUCAAAUUCAUAAUGAUGAAGCGUUUGGUGUACAAAUGGAAGAAGUUUAA